AUGUUCCGAGCUCUGUUCUUGAUUGCCUUGGUACCGGCACUGGUGUACGGAAAUGUGACCCGCGCCUGCACGGGGGGUCGCCCACAUCCGUUGAGUGUGGAUAUAGUGGGAUGUACUGCGGCACCAUGCCAUCUGGUACGUGGACAGAAUGUGGUUGCAAACAUUGAUUUUACCACCGACCGUGCCGUUACAUCGAUGACGACGAUUGCCACUGCUACUGCGCUGAAUGUAGUGACGAACUACCCGCUGGGAACGAACGCCGUUACGUGCAACUUCCUGCAGGGUAGCAGUUGCCCAUUGUCCGCCAACGAGGAUGUCACCUAUCGGUUGACGAUGCCCAUUCUGGCAAUCUAUCCGCUGGUUAGCCUCAACAUUGAGAUCAACGUAGUUGAUCAGAGCAAUAACUCGGUUACGUGUUUCGUGGUUGAUGCUCAAGUUGUUGCCACGAAGUAA